AUGGUUUCAGCGGGAGAGGCACUACACCUAAUUCACUUACCUGCUACUAGUAACGUGGCAGAGAAUUCUUCACCUGGGACUUCAGUGCACAAGUUUUCUGUGAAAUUAUCAGCGUCCCUGUCACCUGUGAUGCCAGGGUUGCCCCUGAUAAUCAACACCAGUCCCCUCACUGAAGCCUUCACCGUGAUCUCCCUGUCAGGCACCGAGUUUGAGGUUGUCACUACUGGGAAAGAACAACUAGAUUUUGAAACAGGACCAAACAUGUUUGAUUUGCAGAUUUAUGUUAAGGAUGACGUGGGUGUCACUGACCUACAGAUCCUAACUGUCCAGGUAACAGAUGUGAAUGAGCCGCCUCAGUUUCCAGGCAACUUGGCAAAAGGUCUAGACCUCUACAUAGUGGAAGGAGCAAACCCUGGAUUCAGUUACCAGGUUGAGGCCUUCGAUCCAGAAGAUACGAGUCAAAAUAAACCCCUCAGUUAUUUCCUGAUUUCUCCCUCGAAGAGCUUCAGCAUGUCUGCUAAUGGGACCCUCUUCUCCACAACAGGCUUUGACUUUGAAGCAGGGCAUAACAGUUACCACCUCACUGUGGAAGUGAGGGAUAGCGAAGGCCUCGGAGCCUCCACAUCGUUGCAGGCGAACAUCGUGAACAUCAAUGACGAAAUCCCACGCUUUACCAGCCCAACGCGAAUGUAUGUGAUUCCGGAAGAGCUGGGUCCAGGAACCGUCGUGGCCAAUAUCACAGCUGAGGACCCUGAUAAUGAAGGUUUGGCCAGUUUCCUCCUCUACAGCAUCACUACGGUCAACAGCUAUUUCAUGAUAAAUCAGUUGACUGGUACCAUCCAAGUGGCCCACAGGCUAGACCGAGAUGCAGGCGAAUUAAGACAAAAUCCCGCCAUUUCCCUGGAAGUUCUGGUGAAGGACAGACCCUUCGGGGGUCAGGAGAAUCGCAUGCAGAUAACCUUCCUGGUGAAGGACAUUAAUGACAACCCUGCUACUUGCACCAAGUUCACCUUCAGCAUUAUGGUGCCUGAACGCGCAGCCAAGGGGACGUUGCUUCUGGACCUGAACACGGUCUGCUUUGAUGAUGACAGCGAAGCACCAAACAGCCAAUUCAACUUUACCGAGCCAUCUGGAGUGGGGAGCCGCAGCAGAUUCUUACAGGAUCCAGCUGGCUCUGGGAAAAUUGUGUUGAUUGGUGAUCUAGAUUAUGAAAAUCCAAGUAAUCUAGCAGCCGGCAAUAAAUACACUGUGACAACCCAGGUGCAGGAUGUUGCCCCUCCUUACUACAAAAAUAUCAUCUACAUUUAUGUCCUAACAAGCCCAGAAAAUGAGUUUCCUCUUGUCUUUGAUCAGCCAUCCUAUGUCUUUGACGUGUCAGAAAUAAGCCCAGCCAGAGCCCGGAUUGGACGGGUGCAGGCCGCUGACAAAGACUUCCCCCAGAGCAGCACUGUAUACUCCAUCUCCACUGGGGGGGCCAGCUUCCCGUACCCAGACAUAUUUUGGAUUAACCCCAAAACAGGAGAACUCCAGCUGGUGACUAAAGUGGACUAUGAAACGACCCCCAUCUAUAUUCUCAGAAUCCAGGCCGCCAACGAAGAGGACACAAGCUCAGUCACUGUUACUGUUAACGUCCUGGAAGAAAAUGAUGAAAAGCCGAUUUGUAUCCCAAACUCUUAUUUCCUGGCCAUCCCAGUGGAUCUGAAAGUUGGCACAAACAUUCAAAAUUUCAAGCUGAUGUGUACUGAUCGUGAUUCCAGCCCCAGGUCCUUUCGUUACUCCAUUGGCCCAGGCAAUGUCAACAGACAUUUCACCUUUUCUCCCAACGCCGGGUCCAACAUCACACACCUGCUCCUUGCAACUCGCUUUGACUAUCCUGGUGGGCUUGACAAGAUCUGGGACUACGAGCUACUUGUCUAUAUAACUGAUGACAACUUGCUGUCUGGCAGGAAGAAAGCUGAAGCCCUGGUUGAAACAGGGACAGUGACCCUGAGUAUUAGCGUCAUUCCUCCCCCAACCACGAUCAUCACCACGACUCCCAGGCCCAGGAUCACCUACCAGAUCCGGAGGGAAAACGUGUAUUCUCCAUCGGCGUGGUAUGUGCCUUUUGUCAUCACGCUGGGCUCCAUACUGCUUCUGGUUCUCCUGGUGGCUCUGAUCGUCCAGUUGGCCAAGGCCAUGCACAGGCACUGUCCCUGCAAGACUGCGAAGCACAGGAAACCUCUGAUGAAGAAAGGAGAAAUGAAGAAAACAAAAAGUGAAGUUGUGGUGGACACAUUCCAGCUGAGCACGGUCUUUGACGGUGAAGCCACAGACCCAGUGACUGGUGCAAAAUACGAAUUCAACUCAAAAACUGGAGCCAGAAAGUGGAAAGGUUCCUUAAUGCAAAUGUCAAAUUGGAAAGAGUCCAGCCGCCAGGGAGCUGCUGCGAGCAGCGCUGUCUCCGCGGGAGGGACGGGGCCACCGAGGAGCACCGGCGAGGAAGGAGAUGGGCUGAGUGGCCAAGCACAGGCUGCGGAUGCAGGCCCAGGUUCCAGAAACCACGAUGGCAAGCCGGGCACCCCGAAGAACAGAGACCCCGCCCUCAAGAGCAGAGCUUCCCCCAAGCCUCCUCCAGGGAAGUAAGUAGCGUGUGGUUGCUGGUCCCACAGAAGAGCAAGCGAGGGACCUCAAUGCUCUGAGGGACGCUGCCUCCCCCUAAAUUCUCCGGGAGCCUAUGGGGUGCCACGGGAGGAAAAAUAUGGCCUGAAGGGACUCGGAGACCCAGGAUCCCAAAGGGGAUGUUUAAAACAGCACAACAGGGUUUGAUGGCCUAGUUGCCUUUUUCUGAGACGACACAGGAGAAAGUGGUCCCAGGUCUCUGUGCCUCUAGCCAGCUGGACUGCUGACUCUUGGACAUGGACUUACUAUGUUUCUUCUUUCCAUUGAUUGCUAGGCAGCUCCAUUCAGUCCGUCCCUAGGAAGAGCACGGAAAUUUCUGAUAGAAAGCUGAGGACUACCCACACCUCUGAUUUCAUCUUGUUUUCCUGCCUUCCUUUUAGCAUUACCCAGAAUUCUUCAUUUAUAAAUGCAGUUCAACACCA